UCACCGUGGAAGAAGGAGCAGAGAGGCAGCUGGUCUCCGACAUGGCUAAAGAAGGAGCAGAUAUGACAGAGGAGACGGAGUACAUGUUGGACAGGAACGUGGGGAAAGAAGCGGAAAGCCCGGAGUCGCCCGGCGAUGCCAAAGAAAUGCGAGCGGUGGUCCUGGCGGGUUUCGGGGGUCUCAACAAACUCAGAGUGACCAAGAAGGCAAUGCCCGAGCCUCAGGAAGGUGAAGUGAAGAUCCGCGUCAAAGCAUGUGGCUUGAAUUUCCUGGAUUUGAUGGUUCGUCUGGGGACUAUUGAUAAUCCCCCCAAACCUCCCAUUGUCCCUGGAUUUGAAUGCUCCGGAAUAGUAGAAUCAGUGGGUGAAAACACUCUGGGAUUUGAGAUAGGUGACAGAGUUAUGGCCUUUGUGAAUUACAACGCCUGGGCAGAGGUGGUGUGUGCGCCAGUGGAUUUUGUCUUCAAGAUGCCAGAUGAAAUGACUUUUGCUGAGGCGGCGGCGUUCUCGCUGAACUUUGUGGCCGCCUAUAUGAUGCUCUUUGAGGUGGCCAAUCUUCGAGAAGGGAUGUCAGUUUUAGUCCAUUCAGCUGGAGGUGGUGUAGGUCAAGCCGUCGCUCAGCUGUGCUCCACCGUGUCUAACGUCACAGUGUUUGGGACUGCGUCGUGUUUCAAACACGCCGCCAUCAGAGACUCGGUGACUCACCUCUUUGACAGAAACGUCGACUACUUACAAGAAAUCAAAAAGAUUUCUCCGGAGGGGGUGGACAUUGUGUUGGACUGUCUGUGUGGGGAGAACACGGGGAAAGGUCUGAGUCUGCUGAAGCCUCUGGGAACUUACGUCCUGUAUGGCGCGUCAAACAUGGUGACUGGGGAAACAAAGAGUUUCUUCAGCUUUGCAAAAUCUUGGUGGCAGGUGGAGAAAGUGAAUCCUAUAAAACUAUACGAGGAGAACAAAGUCAUAGCUGGAUUUUCACUCCUCAACCUCCUCUUCAAACAGGGGAGAUGUAGUCUUGUGAAAUCAGUCAUGGACAAACUGUUGGGUCUCUAUAAGCAGAAGAAGAUCAGGCCUGUGGUGGACUCGCUGUGGGCGCUGGAGGAGGUCAAAGAGGCCAUGCAGAGAAUUCAUGACAGAGGAAACAUAGGAAAGCUCAUACUGGAUGUUGAGAAGUCCCCCACCCCUCUGAUGGCCAGUGACAGCACGGAAACCAGCGAAGCAGGAGAGGAGGAAGAGGAGCCUGAGGGAGACAACGACAGCAAGGAGCGAAUGCCUUUCAUCCAUUAGACCCAAUGAAACCCGCCGCCACGCCCCGAGAACGUGCAGAGGCUGCACAGAUUCAGAAACACAGCCACACGAAAGAGUACAUGAGUAUGCAUGUGCUGUAUGCAUGAAUGUAGGUAUGUAUGGAUUUAUGUGUGUGUGUGUGUGCCUUUUGUGUGUUGCCUGUCAAUUGAUUAGUCGAGCAAAGCGUAGACAUUGCAUGUCUGGACAAAUGUUUGACAAACCAUUUUCAGAGCAGUGUUACAGUUUUCA